AUGCCCAAAUUCUUGUAGGUUUCUUUUAUUGAAGUUGUUGUGAUUGGUUCGUGGCAUGUCUCAUUUUUGUAAUAUUUCCAGUCUCGGCAAUUUUUUAAAAGAUUUUCUUACCCUUCUAAAUAAGUUUCUGAUAUUGCCGAGCUCCCGUCCCUUCUCCCUCGUUUUCAGUGCUUUGCUCUCCUUUGCUCGCGCUUUCCCAAUCCUCCAACUUUUUUCUGAAUCGCUCAAAAUUUCAGUAGCUUGGAACAACUGGAACGUAUUUGGUCGAUGACAAUGGCUCUGUUCGCGAGACAACUGCAGUCGGCUGGUUUUCGAAGUGCUCAACAAGUGCGCCUCGCGUCCAGCGAAGUUUCGUUCCACACGAAGCCGUGCAAAUUGCACAAAUUGGACAGCGGGCCAGCCACGUCGGUCACUUUGAACCGCGAGGAUGCGCUCAAGUACUACCGCGAUAUGCAGGUAUCAUUUAUACUAAUUUUUAUUCUAGAAAGACUGAUUUCCAAAGUAAUACCAUAAUUGGAAAAAAAUUCAGGUCAUUCGUCGUAUGGAAUCGGCGGCCGGAAACCUGUACAAGGAGAAGAAGAUCCGUGGAUUCUGCCACUUGUACUCUGGUCAAGAGGCGUGUGCCGUCGGAAUGAAGGCUGCCAUGACCGAGGGAGACGCCGUCAUCACCGCCUACCGUUGCCACGGAUGGACGUGGCUUCUCGGAGCCACCGUGACCGAGGUGCUCUCCGAGUUGACCGGAAGAAUCGCCGGAAAUGUGCACGGAAAAGGAGGAUCCAUGCACAUGUACACCAAGAACUUCUACGGAGGAAACGGAAUCGUCGGAGCUCAGCAGCCACUUGGAGCAGGAAUCGCACUCGCCAUGAAGUAUCGGUAAGUCACGUCUAAACGGAACGUUAUUUAACUUUCGUGGAAUAUUUUCAGUGAGCAAAAGAAUGUGUGCGUCACUCUUUACGGAGACGGAGCCGCCAACCAGGGACAACUGUUCGAGGCGACCAACAUGGCCAAACUGUGGGAUCUUCCGGUGCUGUUUGUCUGCGAAAACAACGGAUUCGGAAUGGGAACCCCCGUCGAGCGCUCGUCCGCUUCCACCGAAUACUACACCCGAGGAGACUACGUUCCCGGCAUCUGGGUCGACGGAAUGGACAUUCUUGCCGUCCGCGAAGCCACAAAAUGGGCCAAGGAGUACUGUGACAGCGGAAAGGGACCACUGAUGUUGGAGAUGGCCACGUACAGAUAUCACGGACACUCGAUGUCCGACCCUGGAACCAGCUACCGUACUCGUGACGAGAUCCAGGAGGUCCGUAAGACCAGAGACCCGAUUACUGGAUUCAAGGAUCGCAUUAUAACCUCUUCGUUGGCCACCGAGGCAGAGCUGAAGGCUAUCGACAAGGAGGUUCGCAAGGAGGUCGACGAGGCUCUCAAGAUUGCCACCAGCGACGGAGUUCUCCCACCAGAGGCACUUUACGUCGACAUCUACCACAACACUCCGGCUCAAACUGUAAGUGUGCUCGCGUUGAACAAUUCUUCUAAUUACAUUUCAGAUCCGCGGAGCCACCAUCGAUGAGACGAUUGUGCAGCCGUACAAGACGUCUGCCGACCUUCUCAAGGCUAUUGGAAGGGCAUGA